GCCCCGAUCAGAUUGGUCAACGGUCCUAACUCCUGCUCUGGGAGAGUGGAGGUCUACCACAGUGGUAGCUGGGGGACGGUGUGUGAUGACUCGUGGGACUUGAGUGACGCCCAGGUGGUGUGUAGACAGCUGGGCUGUGGGGAAGCUCUGUCUGCACCACCUGAAGCCCGCUUCGGACAGGGGAACGGGACGAUCUGGCUGGAUGACGUUAUAUGUACAGGCAGCGAGACUAAUCUCACAAGGUGCAGUCACAAUGGGUUUGGAUUACACAACUGUGGGACAUCAUGAAGACGCUGGUGUCAUCUGUUCAGGUAGGAGUAUUGUUUUUUAAGCUUCUUUAUUAAUUAUUUUUCGAUCAACAACCUUAGUAAAGGUUUUCUGGAUACAGGUAGAUCACCAUCCUGGUGUCUUAUGGUUUAAACCCCACAACAACUGAUUUCACAACCAUAAAUACGUCAAGACAAGCAAGCACACAUUUUCUUUAGGAAAUGUCCUAUUCUCGUUCAUGUAUUCAUUUUCCUCAUUUUUUAAAUGUUUAUUCUAUUUGGACCCAACCUCCACUUCUCCCCAUCCCUUUAUAACCCAACCUCCACUUCUCCCCAUCCCUUUAUAACCCAACCUCCACUUCUCCCCAUCCCUUUAUAACCCAACCUCCACUUCUCCCCAUCCCUUUAUAACCCAACCUCCACUUCUCCCCAUCCCUUUAUAACCCAAACUCAACUUCUCCCCAUCCCUUUAUAACCCAAACUCCACUUCUCCCCAUCCCUUUAUAACCCAAACUCCACUUCUCCCCAUCCCUUUAUAACCCAACCUCCACUUCUCCCCAUCCCGUUAUAACCCAACCUCCACUUCUCCCCAUCCCUUUAUAACCCAACUCCACUUCUCCCCAUCCCUUUAUAACCCACCUCCACUUUCUCCCCAUCCCUUUAUAACCCAACCUCCACUUCUCCCCAUCCCUUUAUAACCCAACCUCCACUUCUCCCCAUCCCUUUAUAACCCAACCUCCACUUCUCCCCAUCCCUUUAUAACCCAACCUCCACUUCUCCCCAUCCUUUAUAACCCAACCUCCAUAGGGACUUUAUUAUUAUAAAAUUGUGUAAAGUAGUUUGUACUGAAACUCCUGUCUUUAGCUCCAUCAGGUGGCAGCCACACCACAGCAGCAGCACACUAUCUACUGGAACACCACAACAGGAACAGCCCCGACCAACCAACCAAACAACCACAUUGGCAGGUAAACUCCACAGAACCAAUAACAGAGUGGCAAGAUCAAUCAAUCAAUCAAUCCAAUUUAUUUAUAAAGCCCUUUUUACAUCAGCAGACAUCACAAAGUACUAUACAGAAACCCAGCCUAAAACCCCAAACAGCAAUGCAGAUGUAGAAUCACACCCAGAUGCUUGCCCUGUCCGAAUACCUAUACUAGCGUACUACAUACUUAAACUGCAUACUAUGUACUCAUCGUUGCAUACUCUUUAGCACGUACCAUUUAAUAAGAAGUAUGCAGUAUGCAGUAUGCUACAGCCGCAACGCAGUAGAGGCUCCUGACUGGCUGCGUAGAUGGGGCGGGGCCGAGUGCAGGUGAAGUUUUCCAAAUUCAACAGACAUGCAUCGCAUUAACCAGCCUGAUAAUAGCUCAUUUCCAAUUUGUUUAAUUUAUCUAAACUCUGAAUACAAUAGGAAUGGAGUUAUAGGCAUACUAAGGCGGGUAUAGGCAGACUAUCACAUUCGACCUAUACCAUAGCCCACAUAGUCCAUCUAUCAUAUUUAAAAAGGACUGAAGACAGAAAAAUAUAAUUUGGUUCCAUUUCAACAUAUUAUUAGUGAAACCAAAGUGUUAUAAUAAUAAUAAUAAUAAUAUGCCAUUUAGCAGACGCUUUUAUCCAAAGCGACUUACAGUCAUGUGUGCAUACAUUUUUACGUAUGGGUGGUCCUGGGGAUCGAACCCACUACCCUGGCGUUACAAGCGCCAUGCUCUACCAAUUGAGCUACAUAUAUAUAUAAUUUAAAUCAAAUAGCGUAGUACACAGUGGCGUGUAUUCAUGGAUGCCAAGGGAAGCCAGGCUCCCAAAGAAAUUGCCAAAUAAAAGAUUUAACAUAAACAUUCUUUUGUCUUUCGUCUCUCUGUGUUUCAUACAUUUCCUUCAAUUCUCAAGAGGCUUUAUGUAUCUCACUGGAUAAAGCAUCCGAGCCAACGAAACAGUGCCCCUCUGUCUCAGUAUGCGUAGCGUAUCUAUCUGGUGCCGUCUGGUCAGAAAGAGUAUGACAUUGUUGCCGCCCUGCAUUGUCUUGGCUGUGUGCUUAGUGUUUUUGUCCUGUUGGAAGAUUAACCUUGGCCCCAGUCUGAGGUCCUGAGCGCUUUGGAGCAGGUUUUCAUCAAGGAUCUCCCUGUACUUUGCUCCGUUCAUCUUUCCCUCGAUCCUGACUAGUCUCCCAGUCCCUGCCACUGAAAAACAUGCCACCACCAUGCUUCACCGUAGGUAUGGUGCCAGGUUUCCUCCAGACGUAACGCUUGGCAUUCAGGCCAAAGAGUUUAAUCUUGGUUUCAUCAGACCAGAGAAUCUUGUUUCUCAUGGUCUGAGAGUCCUUUAGGUGCCUUUUGGCAACUACAAGGGGGCUGUCAUGUGCCUUUUACGGAGGAGUGGCUUCCGUCUGGCCACUCUACCAUAAAGGCCUAAUUGGUGGAGUACUGCAGAAAUGGUUGUCCUUCUGGUAGGUUCUCCCAUCUCCACAGAGGAACUCUGUGUGCCAAGCUUGUAGCGUCAUACGUAAGAAGACUCAAGGCUGUAAUCGCUGCCAAAGGUGCUUCAGCAGAGUACUGAGUAAAGGGUCUGAAUACUUAUGGAAAUGUGAUACUUCCGGGUUUUUUAUUUUAUAAAUCUGAUAACAUUUCACAAAAACAGUUUUUGCUUUAUCAUUAUGGGGUAUUGCGUGUAAAUUGAUGAGGGGGAAGAAGUAUUUAAUCAAUUUUCGAAUAAGGAUGUAACGUAACAAAAUGUGGAAAAAGUCAAGGGGUCUGAAUACUUUCCGAAUGCAGUGUGUGUAUAUAUAUAUAUAUAUAUAUAUAUAUAUAUAUAUAUAUAUAUAUAUAUAUAUAUAUAUAUAUAUCCUGAGCUUUCUUAGAUCUCCUAGAUAUGGGACAGACACUUCAAAACCUUAUUCCUAAUUAUAAAAAAUUUUACUGUCUUUUUUUGCCAUUUAUGAAUGUGUUAUUCAAUGUGUUUCCAUUAUAGUAGUAAAAGCCUAAUUCAAUAUUUAAUCAAAUUAUUAUUUUAUUUUUAAAAAUUAUACCUAAAAAUAAAUAAAAUAGUCAAAUGACCAUCUUAAAACAAUUCCAUAUGACAGCUUAGAACAAUUUGUUGGGCCUUCCUCUGACACCGCCUGAUAUAGAGGUCCUGGAUGGCCGGGAGCUCGGCCUCUGUGAUGUACUGGGCUGUCCGUACCACCCUCUGUAGCGCUUUGUGGUCAAGGGCGGUGCAUUUCCCAUACCAAGUGGUGAUGCAGCCAGUCAAGAUGCUCUCGAUGGUGCAGCUGUAGAACAUUUUGAAAAGUGUGCAUCGAAUUCUACUAGAUGAACAGCCGAAAUCAGUAUAAUGUCCUGGCAUUUAAACCAUACUCGAUUUUUGAAAAUUCACAUAAUAUACAACAUUUUAUUUUUGAAUACUGAGAACGCAUCAUGCGCGAUUGCAUUGUUUCCCGCUAUUCGUUGAUUUCGGUGGCGCAUCCCCAUAUCGAAUUGAUCAGCUGUUGUCAAAGCCGAACGUAGCAUGACAUCCAGGCAUUUAAAAUAUACUUGAUUUUUGAAAUGUUGCAUACUAUUAAACUUUUUUUUCGCAUACUCAAACGGACUACUGUUUAGGACGCAAGCAUGGGUAUUCGGACACAGACAUUGAGUUUUUUUGCAUUCCAUCCUUUUUAUCUGUAGAAAGUUUGCUCUUCUUGUGUAAAAUGCACCUACAAAUCCGACAAAGUUGUAACUUGACUGAAGGGAAUUAAUUUCUUUGUCAGAUGCCCCGAUCAGAUUGGUCAACGGUCCUAACUCCUGCUCUGGGAGAGUGGAGGUCUACCACAGUGGUAGCUGGGGGACGGUGUGUGAUGACUCGUGGGACUUGAGUGACGCCCAGGUGGUGUGUAGACAGCUGGGCUGUGGGGAAGCUCUGUCUGCACCACCUGAAGCCCACUUCGGACAGGGGAAUGGACAGAUAUGGUUGGAUGAUGUUCUCUGUUCUGGAAGGGAGUCUUCUCUCACCCAGUGUGGCCACCUAGGGUUUGGGUCACACAACUGUAAUCAUGGUGAAGACGCGGGUGUUGUCUGUUCAGGUAGGAGUAUCGUUCUUUAACUAACCUUCUUUAUAAUUCUGUACUCUUUUUAACUUCAUGGAUACUGUUAGAUUACCAUCAAUCUUGUGCAUUAUGAUUUGAUUACGGCCCAAAGUUUUUUUCUGAUCAAAUUACACUCUGGGCAAGUUACACUUUGGGCCCUGGCUAUAACUCUGGGCCCUGGUUAUAACCUGGGGCCAUAGUUGUUGUUUUGGCCCAACCUCCACUAGAGCCUGUAGUUUUUUAAGACCAUGAAGUAAGAUUGUUCUGAACUCCGGUUUAUAGCUUCGUCAGGUGGCAGCAACACCACAGCAGCACCACCAAUCUACUGGAAUAAUACAACAGAGACACGAGGACCAAUCUACCCAACAACCACAUCGGUAGUUAACUCCACGCCAGGGUGGCAA